AUGGGAAAGCUCGACCAUAUCCCGGAAUUGACGGGCAUGGAUACAUAUUUCGCAUGGAAGCAUGAGGUGAUUUACGCCCUUGGUAUCAAGGAUCAGUGGUGUCAUGUGACCGACACCAUUGAUCCCGAUGACGUCCUGGGCAACACCUUGUUUCAACCGAUGCUUGCUAAUCCCUUGUCGCCCACCGCUGAUGAGAUGAAGAGCAUUCGUGAAUGGCUCAUUAACGAUCUUAAGGCAAAAUCCAUCAUCACUCAUUGUCUCUCCACCUCUGUCCAACAGCUCAUCUCGACCAGUCACCGGGUGACUGCUUGGGACGCUUGGAAAACUCUGGAAGACCACUUCAGGCAGAGCAUAUAUUCACUCCAGAUGAAAGAUACCGCUGAUGCCUCACACUAUGUGGGCCAGCACACUGUGCUUCACAAAUGUUUGCUUCGCAUGGGGGUGAUCUACACUGACGCUGAGGCAGUGUUCCAACUUCUGCACGGACUUCCUCGGACCGGGACAUGGCCCCAGUUCAAGGCCCUCCUGACUCUGACUCUUCCUGCACACACUCCGGUUGUUACUGCCACUGCAACUGUCACCACCACCGCCUCUGCAUCUACCGCUACCACUGCUGGUGCUACCACCACUAUGAGCCCCUCAUUCUUCCUCCCAUCCGCAUCCACUUUCGAUGCCUAUGUUGCCCGCAUUUCUGCAGAAGCUGCUCGUAUCCUUGAUGAACAUGCUCUCGCAGGCAGCGCGCCUGGUUCAGAAUAUGCGAACACAGCGACAACUUCCUCCACUACGAACGUCAACACCAUCACUGGUCUUCGUAAACAUCAUCAUAAUCCGGAGGGGGUCUUCUGUACCACGGUUGGUUGUAAUAAAGGGGAUCACGACCAUGUGCAUUGCUAUGCAAAGGGCGGUGGCAUGGAGGGUCAAGCUCCUGGAUGA